UUCAUUCAGUUCGCGUUUGGCGUCAGACGUGUGCGCAGCGGUUUGUUUGCACGUUCGAUCAGAGUUCCAUAUAAUCGAAUGUUUAAUGUUGAAAUUCAACGUGUUUCUGUGUGUGAAAUUGUUUUAAGCUGUGUUUUGUUUGAUUGUGUUUCUGAGCAUAACAUUGAAAAGGUUUUUAUGACCACAUAAAAGAAGUGAAAUCCACCAAAAAUGCACACUUAAGUGGAAGAAAUCACCAGUGUGCAGUAUGUACCACUUACUCCCAGUAAAAUGGAUCUCGAAGAUCAACGAUGGCGGAAUCUCUACACAAUUCUUCAUGGCUAUGAUGGUCACAAUCCCGGUAUUGAACUUUGGCAUGCUGAUGGGCUGGCAGUCACCUAUGACCCCGAUCCUCCAGUCUCCGAAUGGGCCAGCUCCAGAGGUGAUAACAGACGAGACAAUCUCCUGGAUGGCAUCUAUAACGUUUUUCCCCCCUAUAUUCUGCGGCGUCUUCGUUGGGGAUUUGGCUGACCGAUGGGGAAGGAAGAUUACAACGCUGCUUACGUCAUUAAUGCUUGUUAUGAGCUGGAGUAUCACAUUGUUCUCACUGAGGCCUUGGGCGUUGAUAGCCUCCAGAGCAGUUGCAGGGUUAGCCUGCGCUGGAUGUUACGUCGUCACCCCGCUGUACCUGAAAGAGAUAGCGUCAGACAACGUCCGAGGCGCCCUUGGUUCUCUCUUCAUCCUGUCCCAGAACCUGGGCUACCUCUUGGUCUACAUGGCGGGAGACAUGCUGAGCUUCGCGUCCGUCAUGUGGAUCUGCACUGCGAUACCCGUCGUUCAUUUACUGGCAUUCAUGACGAUGCCGGAGACUCCAGUUUUUCUAGUUAAGCAGGGGAAAGUACAGGAAGCACGCAAGGCAUUAGCCUGGCUUCGCAACACUAGUCCUGAUGACAAGACUUUAGAGGAAGAAGUGCAGCUGAUGGAGAUCGAGGAGGAAUACUCUAGAAGUGUCAGGAGGGCCACUUGGAAAAGUAUAGUGCAAGACAGAACAACGUUCAAAGCUUUUCGGAUUGCCCUCAACGUAAUGCUUUCACAAGAGACCUGCGGAUAUCUUGUGGUCCUCAUGUAUGCGGGGUCCAUCUUCGAGCAGGCUUCAGAGUCGAUCAGCUUGAAGCUCAGCCCCAACAAGCAGACGAUACUGGUCGGAGCCAUACAGCUGCUGGGCUCGAUUGUUGCUAGUUGUAUCGUCGAGCAGACUGGCCGAAAGUGGCUACUAGCAUCGACAGCAUUAGCUACAGGGAUGUCAAUGCUGGCUCUGGGACUCUGGUUCUACAUCACUUCGCUGUCGAUAUGGCUGCCGGGCUGGUUGCCCGUAGCGGCCAUGUGCCUGUGCAUCUUCGCUGAUGCUGCAGGAUACCAACCGGUUCCAUACGUCAUAACGUCAGAGCUGUUCUCAUUUCAGCACCGCGGUAUGGUAACGUCCUUUGUGAGCUCCGUAGACGCUCUGAGCGACUUCGUUCAAACGAAGGCCUACGAUCCUCUACUCAAACUGCUAGGGAUCCACUGGGUUUUCAUCAUCUUCUCCAGUGUCUGCUUUUUUGGUGCCUUCUACACCAUCAUGUGGGUACCGGAGACCAAGAACAGAUCGGUGGAUGAGAUUUACGCUCUCCUAGAAGACGGAAGGCAGAAAGAGAAGAGGAAAGACCUUGAAAACGAUGAGACUAGCAGGCUGUGAAUUGCUCAUAGAAUUGUGAUAUUGCAUUUGAAUUUUCGUGGUUUUCUACAAUCAUAAAGUUAGUGUUCAUAAACAAGCGCAAACUUCAAAGGAAACGUUACAGAAGUGAAACUUCUUUAAAGCGAGAAAGAAAGAGAGAAAGCUAUCAUCCGUCCUUUACGCGAUAGAAUCAUUUUGUUGUAUGUUGUACUUAAUUGAGACCUUGAAAUUUUAUUCGCAUACAAACUAAAGAUGCAAUCUUUUUUAAGAAUUAAUAAUUCAGGUUAACUUCUGAAAAUUUGUACAGAAAGAUUGGUAAACAAAACUCAUCUGAAAUGUAAUCGUGAUAAUGAAUUAAUAAAUCAUAAUCUUCACCGUAA